UGAAGGUCUCUUCCACUCUCAUUUUCUACUAUCCAAAAUCUGAUAAACACUCUCUCGAUCGUUCCCAAACUUAAUCACCAUAAAAAAAUUAGAAGAGAGACGUACGGACAUGGCGGCCAUGAACGAUGCUUCUAAGCUUGAAUACAUCAAACAACUUCUGCUUGGUGAUCUCUCUCCUAAUCCUAUUCGUCCUGGUUCAAAUUUCACUCAAAACGAAUGGCCUACUUCUGAUCAUCAUCAAGUGGUGGAUACCGACUUCUCCCUUUCACAAUCUGAUUCAUUCUCCUCCAGCUCUGAUUCCAUGCUUGAAAUUUCAACCUGCUUGGAAGACUCCAACGAUUUCUUUGACUUCAGUUCGAAUCAAAUCCAAUUCUUACCCAACACGAACGCUAACGAUUUCGAAGAAGCGAAGCCGCAGUUGAUACAUUUUACAACUUCCAAACCCUGUAAUAAUCUCACUAUUCAAUUGAGUAAUAGCUCCUUAGAGUUUAAUUUCCAACCUGAAGUUUUCGAUGCCAGAGUCCCAACCUUUCAAACUAACAACGCUUUGUUUGAGUUCGAAUCCGAACCCCAAAUACUCAACCAUACGAGCUCUCAAUCGAGCCGGAAGCCAUCGCUUACGAUCUCUCUCCCUUCGAAAACCGAAUGGAUUCAAUUCGGGGAUCCGAAUCCUCGGGAAUCCAUACAGGAGAAAGCGAGCGAGGAAGACCAGAUGCACUACCGAGGGGUCCGGAGACGGCCGUGGGGUAAGUACGCGGCCGAGAUCCGAGACCCGAAACGAAAAGGCUGCCGGGUUUGGCUGGGAACCUACGACACCGCCAUUGAUGCUGCCAAAGCUUACGAUCGAGCAGCCUUCAAGCUUCGUGGCUCCAAAGCCAUACUCAACUUUCCUUUAGAAACCGGAAACUUUAAACGCAGUGCCGUAGUCCAGACGAAACGACGUCGUGAGGAUGAAGAAGCCACUGAAUGUAAUGCGGUUGUGGCAGUGAAGAAGGAGAAGUUAACGGAGUUUGAUGACGCCAUCAGUUAUAUAAAGGACAUGCCGUUGACGCCGUCGGAUUGGACGACGGUUUGUGAGUCGGAGGGGAAGGGGUUUCUUAAUGUUCCUCCUCUUUCGCCGUUAUCUCCACAUCCAAUGUUGGGUUAUUCACAAUUAAUGGUUGCAUGAUCAGGAAUUUUAAUUUAACUUUUUUGUUUGCACUAUUUAUUAACUUUUCUGAUAUUUUCUACCCUUUAUAUAUUUUGGUUUAAUUGUGGCAUUAAUUGGAAAAAUUUGAUUGAGUUGUGUUGUUGUUGUUGUAUGGGACUAGCUUUUUGAUUCCGUUAAGUUGUUUUAUGUGAAAGUUUUAAUUAUCUUUGCUAACUUUAAAAAAUGAGGGUUGUUAUUUGGUAU